GAGCUCCGCAAAACUCUACUUGGUACGACCGUUGUGGGACCACCCAACUAACAUCACCAUUGCAGCUUCCCGUAAGCUUCAUGGUGGGGCGGAACCGUGGAAAAUGUCGUCGGCUCUCUCAGGGUCGAGAGGCACUCGCAUGGAAACAACGAUAAGCAACAUCUUACCUCUCUAAAUGACCAAGUUACCCUCUCUACUAUUAACGUUCUUCUGCAUUCUCAGAAUCGCGUAACGUUUGACCAUUUUUCCCAAAUGUCAGUAUCAACAAGGGAAUAAAUAUGUCAGCCUCAAAUCCCUCCGCAUACAAUCUUCCCCCUCCUCCUCCCCUUCUUCCUCCUCCUCUUCUUCCUCCUCCUCUUCUUUCCUCUUCGUCUUCUUCAGCUGCAAAUUAUGCAGCGAAAUAAGGAAGAAUCUCAGAAAGCAGGGACAAAACCCAUAUCAUUCAUGGCAGGAAACCCACUGAUUUUGUGGGAUUUCGUCCUUUCCUUCAUGUGGGUAUGGUCAGGAGCUCUCUUAAAGAUCUUUGUAUACAAGAUUCUGGGGUUUGGGUCUGAACCCAGAGGAGAAAUCAUUAGGGGUUGCUUAGCCGUUUUGACCAUGUUUGUUUUUGCAUCGUUGGGGAGGAUUAGUAGAGGUGCGGCUUACAAUCCUCUCACAGUGUUGCCCGGUGCCAUUUCUGGGAGUUUCGGCAGGUUUUUGUUAUCUGUUGGUGUAAGAAUUCCUACUCAGGUAAUUGGAUCUAUUAUUGGAGUUCAACUUAUCCUUUGGACCUUUCCUGAAAUAGGCCAUGGACCUCGCCUGAAUGUCGAUAUUCACAAAGGUGCAUUGACCGAAGGGUGUCUUACAUUCACAAUUAUUGUUAUCUCACUUGGGGCAGCUCGGAGUAGCCCUGACAGUUUCUUCUUGAGAACAUGGACUUCAAGUCUAUCCAAGCUAGCUCUUCAUAUACUGGGUUCUGAUCUGACUGGUGGAUGCAUGAACCCGGCUUCUGCCAUGGGAUGGGCUUAUGCUCGAGGAGAUUACAUGACCAAGGAGCAUUUAUAUGUGUACUGGCUUGCUCCAAUUGAGGCAACUCUGUUAGGAUUAUGGACAUUCAAGUUAAUUGCUCAGCCUGAGAAGAAGCAGGAGCUAGAGAUAGAUGAGAAGGAUAAAUCAGAUUGAACAGAUUUAAUUCCUUUCAAGUUAAUUUGUUCAGUCUGAGAAGAAGCAGGAGCUAGACAUAGAUGAGAUGGAUAAAUCAGAUUGAACAGAUUUAAUUCCUUGCAUUGAAUUUUCUUUUUCUCUCUAUUUUACUCUUUUUUUAUGGUAGUUUGUGGGCAAUUACUGUCCAUCAUAUUCUUUUCUGUUUGAUCAAUUAGAGAUCCUUACAAGAGGACCUCUACUAUAUCAGUUAUGUAGGGAAGACCAAGCAGCUGUGGCAGUUGAUCAGGUGAGAACAGUUGGGAUAGUGCUUGUGUUCAUUGCCCAGUCCAUGUCAGCAUUAUAUAUCACCUUAUGUGGAAUGUUUCCCUAAUGGGACCAUAAAAUGGCUUUAUUUUACCAUUUGGCAGGGUCCCUAACGGACUGAAAUUUUCUGAAUGAACAUACAAUCCUACAUAUACAUAUAUAGAUAGAGUUAAAAACAAGCUGACCACUUGUUAUUUUUUGCUUUUCAAUGAUAGCAAGGUUUAAAGUUUC